GCCAACAUGGCUGAAAGCUGAAACGGUGUAUUUCUUUUUUCACAACACAGUCUCAACGACACACCGGAGCUUGAGGGGAAUGAGUGAAGACGAGCUCCGUGUGAAGGAUUCCAAUUCGAAGAAAAAUACGGGAUUAUUCUCUGGCUUCUAUCUGAUGUCGCCAGCGGAAAUCUGCUCUCGAUAAAUAUACUGCUUUUCCGUGUUACAAUUCUCGCCGGUGUAUCCAAUCAACUCCUCCCCAGUGAAGUGAGUAAAUAUUCAUCAUGCUCGAACAGAAGAUGAAGCUCAUCGAACCCGUCGUGAAGUCUUUCCGAGUCGCCAAAGUUUUCCGUGAUAACACGGACAGAAUCAACUGCAUCGACUUCUCAUCAGAUGGUUCGACACUGAUAUCGUCCAGCGACGACGAUUCGAUAAUCAUCUAUGAUUGCUCUAAAGGCAUCCAAAAGAGAACGCUGAACUCGAAGAAAUAUGGAGUAGAUCUGAUCCACUUCACCCACGCCGCCAACACGGCUAUUCACAGCUCCACCAAGAUCGAUGACACCAUCAGGUAUCUCUCUCUUCACGACAACAAGUACAUCAGAUACUUCCCUGCGCACAGCAAGAAAGUUGUGACUCUCUGUACUUCUCCCGUGGACGACAUGUUCCUCUCCGGUUCGCUAGACAAGACUCUGCGCCUAUGGGAUCUCCGUUCCCCAAAUUGUCAAGGAUUCAUGCAGUUAAACGGUCGACCUGUCGGCAAUUUCGAUCCAGAGGGGCUGAUUUUUGCUGUCGGUCUAAACUCUGAAUCAAUCAAACUCUACGACCUGAGGACCUUCGACAAAGGACCCUUCAACACCUUCAAACUCAACCAAGACAAAGACUGCGAUUGGACAGGUUUGAAAUUCUCCCCCGAUGGAAAAACCAUGCUGAUUUCCACAAAUGGGACGAAUAUCCAUCUCAUCGAUGCAUUCAACGGGAACCUGCUCCACGAGCUCACAGGUUAUGCGAAUGCUCGUCGUGUUCCCCUCGAAGCGUCGUUCAGCCCCGAUUCUCAGUUUGUUUUCUCCGGCUCGAGCGACGGUUGUGUUCACGCGUGGAACGCUGACAACGGGAACAAACUCGCUGUGCUCAAAGCUGAGCACACUGGACCCGUGAGCUGCGUCCAGUUCAAUCCCAAGUAUAUGAUGCUUGCCUCUUCCUGCACAAACAUGGCUUUCUGGCUCCCAACAGGAGACGACAAUUAAGGUAAAAGGUUCCCGGCGACCUGUGAAACGUUCUGUAUAUGGCUAUUCCGUUGUACAAACUCAUCGAUUCCUCCGAAUAAAAGUAUCAUCGA